AUGCGGCCAGCUUCCCCAGACGGGACCCUGACUGUGCCGGAUCCCCACCCCGUUUGUUCCCCAACAGGCAAGCUUCCCACCCCAGCGGAUCUGGCCUCGCAUGAUCCGUCUACCCAUGCAGGCUCAGUGCAGCACCGGAGCGUCAGUCCCUCGUGUUCUAGCUAUCUGCACUUCUCCGCCCAGCAAGAGGAAGACCUCAUCCGAGGCUUCUUUGAUAUCGCACAGGAUGCGAAUCCGAUCUUCUGCAGAGACCGCUUUCUCCACCGCUAUCAUAACUCGCUAUGUAAUCAAGACCUGAUCACAACCGUGGCCAUCAUUACAGGCAAAUUGACCCGCUUCUCUAUGGGUGACGACGGGCCGAAUCUGGACGAGGAGCUUGACUCCUUGCUCAGCUCGAGCCUGCUGGAAGAUGACCUUGUCGGAGACACCCCAUCCCUUGAUCAGUUCCGCAAGGCCUAUAUAUUGGCGUUUUACGAAUUUCAUGAUUUCCCCGGCCACCACUCCUGGUUGCGGAUCGGCAGGGUCAUCCGCAUGGCCUAUCGUAUCGGGCUGGAUCGUCUGGACCAUAUGCGCGCGUUGUACCUCGACUGGAGCAUGAUCAGCGAAGAGGAUAUCCAGGAAUGGCGUACACUUUGGUGGCGCCUUUACCGACUCGACGCCUACUCCAAUCUCGCCUCGGGAACGCCGUACUUGAUUGACGAUGCGAUCAUCAAUACCUCUUUCAGCCUCAGUCAUCAAGCAACCAAUACCUCGCAGGCGAUUCUCCUUCCACCCAACGGGAAUGGUCUCUCUGCACUCCUCCCGGCCAUCACAUCGGACCCUGAGACGUUGCUCGACAACAUCCACAAUAUAACGGCCGCAACCUUGCGCCAGGCGGGGGUGGUCCUUCGCAUGCGCAUGCUGAAAUGGCAAGCUGGAAUCCUGGCUCAAGUCUCCCUCGUCGAACGGCAGCUAACCACCCUACGUCUCGCCCUCCCCCCAGGCUGGCUCAACCCGCGACGCAGCGCAUUCUCAAACGAGGCGCCCAUCAACCACCACGCACGACUGAUCACUGUCUUCCACCUGCGCAAGGCGCAGCUCCUUCUCUCCCUCAUCAUGUGCGGGCAGCGCGAAGCAGACGACUGGCCGGCAAGCUGGCAGCGCGUUCUGGAAACGUGCCAGGAUAUCGCGGCGCUCGCGGCGCAUUGGGACAGCGCAUUCUGCCUCACGGUCGACCCGGCCAUCACGUUUACCAUUUUCACCACCCUCAUCUUCUUCGAUCUGCACCGCAAGUCCGGGGCCCUGCUGGAUGAUGCGGUCCGCGCCAGUAUCGAGCACGACAUUACGAUUCUCCAUCUGCUACUCAAACACUUUGCGAGAAUCUGGACGCAGGCGAGGCUACUGGCUUUGUCAUUUGAGAGCUUCAGCCAGUCCGUCUCCGGGCCACUGUCUUCCUACCAUAUCACUCUGAUCCUGUCGCGCUUCGAGGCGCCCCUUCACCCGCGCUGGCUGGAGUUUCUUGCAUCGGCUGGGCCAGCCCACGAGGCUUGUCAAUGA